GAGGAGCGGGGAGAGGACCAGGACCAGGAGCAGACAGAGGAGGAGGUGCAGGAGGAGGCCAUGAGACCACAGAGCCUUCCAAGCCACAUGGACAGGAGGGGCAGCUACUUUAAGCUGGUCAAUUCGUUGGCAUCUGAAAUUGGGGAGCUGGAGCAGGAGAUGGUUCAGACGCGGGCAGCCCAUGGCAGGACCACAGAGGCAGAUGGACCCAUACUCCUGCAGGGGCUGGAUGGGCUAAUAGGGGAGAUGAGUGGAGUGUACGUGCAGCCACCCUCCUUCCAGGUCCUGCUGGAAGAGGGGGAUUUUGCGCUCAACUCCCUGGCCCGGUGCAUGAGCGUGCUGGACCGGCUGACCACCACGCAUCCCGUCUGGCUGCUGCUGUCACUUAGCGACCAGGAGGUCACCCGCAUCCUGCUGCAGCAACCACCUGGGGCGUUCCUGGUGCGGAGGUCGUGUAGGCUGCAGUGCAAGGUGCUCUCCGUGCGCGUGGACGACUCCUGUGGCCAGCCCAUCUGUGAUUACCCAGUGAAGGAGAACCAGUACACGUUCUCUCUGGAAGGUUCCAGAAUCAGCUUUGCUGACCUCAUCCGUCUGGUGGCCUUCUACUGCAUCAGCAGGGAUGUGUUGCCCUUUACCCUGAAGCUUCCGGAAGCGGUGGCCUUGGUAACGACCCAGGCUGAGCUGGAGGAGUUGGCCCAGCUAGGAGCAGGCUUCUGGGACUCUGUUCCGUACACCAACAGACGAGCUUCCUCGUCUUCGUCUUCCUCCCCGUCUCGUUCCUCGUAUCAGGGCCAAAGGCUCAGUCCUCGGCGGUGCGGAGCUCCCGUAGAGGAGGAAGGGAGCUUUCACUCUGCACCGACCCACCGAGAGCCUCCCCCGCCUGGAGCGCUCGCCGCUUCCCCUCCCCACCACCACCUGGAGAGCAGCCAGUCCAGCACAGCCGCGCUGUGUUUCGUCAACCCUCUCUUCCUGCAGACCCAUCAGACGCCCCAUCAGGACACCCAGGACGCCCCCGAUGGUCCCUCUGUUCCCAGCAGACUGAAGCCUGACAUCCACCCUCCAUGCUCCAGACCAGCCAGCAAUAAGCCUCGGGCACCCCCUCCACCCAGACCUCCACCCCCACGGUCGUGGCCUCGAGGCCCAGAGCCUCCACAGCGCCUGUCCCUGUACAAAGGACUAUGUCCCAGACUAUUAGUCUCUUCCAAACUAACACCACCACUCCCUCCACCACCACUGGGCAUCAGCAAGCACAGCAGUUUCCAGAGAGGCCCCCGCCAGGCUACAUGGGCGCCAACCACAGCCGGAGCCGGGACCCUAAGAAGCCCACAGCCCAUCCCCGUGCCUCGGCUGCAGCCCAAAAAAAAGCAGCCAGACGUAGACUCGCACCGCUGCCACAUCGCCCUGGACGACGAGACCAUCGCCAAGGCGCUGGCGCAUACCAAGCUGCCCCAUGGAAGGGGGCCUUCGUUAUCUCCCAGAGAGGACGCCCACGUCAGCAGCCUGUCUUCUCCCAGCCCAAGCCCGAGCUCCAGCCCCCCGAGAAAACCUCUGCAGCUCCACCACCACCACCAACACCAACACCACCAGGGAGGGGGCAGGGAGCAGCGGCUGAGCUGCUUGAGCUUCUCCACCUCCUCCUCCUCAGCCUCGUCGGGGGGGUCCGUGGACCUCCCCGCCGGUCGCAGCCUCCAGCACUCACCAGCGGUGCGGAGCCGAGCCCCUCGGGAGAACAGCAGCGAGGACGAAGACGAGGAUGAGGACGACGACGACGACGAGGAAGAAGAGGAGGUGGACGACUACGGCGUAGGGUUGGAGCAGGAUCUUCGGCUGCGCCUCCACGCACCGUACCGCUACCGCGGGCACUUCCAGCUCGGAGGCUCCCGGCCUUCGGCGGCACUCCUCCUGCCGCGGGCGCUCAAAGGCCAGUUCCGCAAGGUGAGCGGCAUGCUGGGAGCGCUGGCCACGCAGCGGAGGGCCGUGCGGCGGGUGGCGGAGCUCGCCCGCAACAAGAGCUCCUACUUCGGCUGCCUGGUGCAGGACUACGUCAGCUUCAUGCAAGAGAACGGCGGCGGGGCCGCUGGGGGGAUACACACCUCCGCCCUGGACCUGCUGCAGACCCUCAGGCACUUCCUCACGCAGAUGAAGGCCUACCUGAUCCACAGCUCCGAGCUACAGCCGCCCAUAGAGUCCUUCAUCCCAGAAGACCAAAUCGACCAGGUCCUGGAGAAGGCCAUGCACAAGUGUGUGCUGAAGCCGCUGAAGGCCACGGUGGAGGCGGCGCUUCACGACUUCCAGGUGCGCAGCGGGGCGUGGCAGCGGCUGAAGGAGAACCUGGCGCUGGCCAAGGCCCGGCGGCCCGAGGAGCUGGGCGUGGAGGGCGUGGUGCCGCCCGACUCCGCUGCCGUGGAGAGGAUCCGCCACAAGUUCCGCGCCAUGCGCAAGAUUUACUCGCCGGAGAAGAAGGUGCUGCUUCUGUUGCGCGUCUGCAAGCUCGUCUACAGUGACAUGCAGGACAACUCAGAGAGGAUGUUUGGAGCAGACGACUUCCUGCCCAUGCUGACCUAUGUGCUGGCGCAGUGUGACAUGCCUCAGCUGGACACAGACAUCCAGUACAUGAUGGAGCUGCUGGACCCUGCCCUGCUCUAUGGAGAAGGUGGUUACUACCUGACCAGCGCGUACAGUGCCAUGGCCCUCAUCAAGAACCUCCAGGAGGAGCAGGCGGCCCGCGCCCUCAGCACCGAGGCCCAGAACACGCUGCACCAGUGGCACCGCCGACGCACCGCCCAGCGCUCCAUACCCGCCGUGGAGGACUUCCAGAACUACCUGCGGGUGGCACUGCAGGAGGCGGGCAGCGGCUGCACCUCCAAGACGCUGCAGGUGCGCCCGUACGCCACCACCGAGGAGGUGUGCCAGGUGUGCGCGUUCAAGUUCCGCGUGGCCGACCAAGAGAACUACGCCCUCUACCUGGUCACGGACGGUGCCAGCCAGCAGUUGGCGCCCGACACGCACCCGCAGAGGAUCAAGGCGGAGCUGCACAGCCGCCCGCAAAUGCAGGACUACCAUUUUGUCUACCGGAAAAUGCCAAACCUCAGCUUAAAUAACAACCAGAACGACAACCACAGCCACAGCCUGCCAACCCCCACGACCACCAGCAGUCACUGUAUCAGUAAUGGCCUCCCCAACCCCCACGACCACCAGCAGUCACUGUAUCAGUAAUGGCCUCCCCAAUCACCAUGACCACCAGUAAUGGCCUCCCCAACUCCAGCUGAGAAGCCUGGAGCGGUAAAGGAUUCUGAGACUGAUUUGAUCGCAAAUUCACUGUCAUGGUGUCCCUGUAGGAGCAUCCACUUCUGCAGUGUUGAGUUCCUGACCUGAUGGAGGUAAUGAAAUACUACAUUUCCCAGAGUGCACUAAGAGUCUGGACUUACUUCUGCACACCACAAGUAGUCACUAGGCCUAUUCGACUCAACCUCCGUGAUGCUGCACCUUUAGCCCACGCCUACCUGGGCAGCGAAAACAAAAGUGCUCCACUCAACCUUGACCAGUCAAAUUGAAAAAAGACCUUGGUGGAGUAUGACAUCGCGAUCACGAGAGAGGUGGAGUACGUCAGCGUGAUCACGUGCUCAUGAGAUAGAAGCCAACUUUGCACUGCUGUUUUAUUACAGGAAAUGUUAGAAGGCAGCCGUGCUGAAGAAAGUGACAAUGACUUUUCCAAGGUUGUCCAUAUUUCGGCGCCAUAUUCAGUGUCUGUGGUCUAAGAUGGAUAAAGGUAGAUCGAAAGGUAGCGUACAGUCAUUUGUAUGCUAAAAUAAUGAAUAACAUAUGAAAAUGUAUUAGGAUUUAUGCUUAAAAAAAAAAAUUAAAUCCUACAAUUCCCAGAGUGCACUGAGUCUCUGGGCCAGAUUCCAUGCUGGAGCCAAGUUUGCACUGAGAGUUGGCAGGAAUGUGCAGUGGGGUGCAAACUAAUGGCUCAGAUGUGUCUGUGCAUGCAAACUUGAAAACCAAUGCCGGAAAACUUACCUUCCAGCCAAGGAUUUAUGUAUUUUAAUCUGUGCCUUUGAUUCUCAUGCCUCUGCCAAGGGAGUGGCUGAGUAUCUUGUAACUUCUCAACUGGAAUUUGAACAGCGGUGCUUAUACCAUCAUGACCACGGGUUCUCCUGGGGUAGCCUAAGUUUCCUGUACAGCACUUUUGUUUGUAGUUUAUGUGUGAUUUCUCUGUCGCAAUUUUACUGCCUUUAGACAGCAAUGAUGUACGGUUUGUGCCUGAGUUGCCCUAGAAAGUAAGUUACUAAUAACCUGCACUUUGAGUCCAUGUCAUUGUACAUAAAGAUACAGAUUAUGGUAUUAUAUUAUUAUUGCUAUUAUUAUAGAAUAAUAGAAUAUAUUUUCAUUUUUCAGUCCCCGGUUGCUGGUUAACUGUGGAUGAAUAUCAUAAGCGUGUCUUAUCGCUGGACUGUACACAUGUCGAAUCAGACUGGGCAAUUUUAGGACCAGUUACUUUUGUUCGUUUGCCACUUACCUUGGUGCCAGUAUAUGAAAUAAUAUGCUAACCGCUAAUCCUGCAGACACAGGCUAAACAUUGUACUUAUAUUGUCUUUACAUUAUUGUCAAGCUAUACGCAAACACUGGUGUUGUAUUCAGAAAUUCUCUCUCAUCCAUUGAGCAUUAACUGGAGAAGGAGCAAGUGGUAGUUGUCCCAUAGAUGACGCAUGGAACAUGCUCCUGCUUCAUGCUCCUGUUCUGAAGAGUGUCAUAACUGCAAUCAGGCGGCACAAUGAGCAACUUAAAGGUGCAGUUUGUGAUUGUAAUACAACACACUUCUUUAUCAGAUCCAGCUAAUUGCUUCUCACUAUCCUCUUAUCUGUCUGCUCAGUAUGUGCGCUCCAAAAACACUCUGGGGUCGAAUAGUCCUGACCCUGUAAAAGGGAAACAAACACAGUGGCUCGGACCGAGCCGUAACAAUUCCAGCCAAUCAAUUUGUUCCUUCAGGAGCACGGAGAAGAGGGGUGGAAUGUAAUAGGCUGAUGAGCGCAAAUGUCAACAAGCUUUUGCAUUGAAAGCAAAGACAAUGUGACACCUAGUGGACUUGAUCUGUUAUUGCACUCUUAAAUCAAUAGUGCCUUCAGGACCCUGCCAUACACCAGAGACCAUGGUGUUUGUUAUUAGCCAUCAUUUAGUUUUGGAUGAAUUAUUUCCAUACAAGUGCUGUUUAGACUAUGUAUAGUACAUCACAACAAAGAUACUUUCAUAAAGUUUGCUUUUGUCAGUUA